GGCACUGUUAUGACAGAUUACGAAGUGCCUCUAUUUGGUGGAGGACUAUGUUGUGAAAUCUUUCAAUUAGUUAUAUUUUGAUAAAUAGUUACAUUUUUGGGAUAUUUUGUCGAUUUCGUUGAGGACGCAAUGGACAACUUAACCGGAGGAUGGAACUUUUCAACGACGCAAAUGUUUUGUUGAGGACUGUUGUUUUAUUCUCUGACUGGUUAGCUACUAGCUACCUAGCCAAGUUGGAGUGUUAAUGGUUAGCUACUGUAGCUAGCUAGCUAACCCUAAAAAGUCACGUCUCAACUGGCCGCCUAACCUAAUUUCCCUUAAAAGUUAUUGUAAGGGAUAUAUCUCUCUAGUUGACAGUAUUGGUCAAGUAUGUGUUUGUUUAGCCUUUGUGCGACAACAGGAAUUGCAUUUGAGUACUUUAUAAGGUUAGCUAGUUACGAAUAGUCGCUUGCUGUAACUUGUGCCAAGUCUGACUUCAUCUAACAAAAAUGAGAUAGAGGGAAGACACCAAGGACAUUUCCCGCUGAUUUAGCUGCUCUGAAUUGGACCGAAAGGUUUGUGUGUGAGGCCUGCAGGUCGGGCUUUCACCCGGAUAGAGUAGGGCCGUACGCCGCUUCUGAGCGCUCCUAGGCCAGCAGCUCGCGCUGCUAGGCUGGAGGCCGGUGAUUUCAAGAAAUGGAACGAAUGGAAGUGGACCAGUGCGCAGGCGCAGCUGCCGGGAGCGGAGGCGGGGCUCUUCGUAGAUCGAACAGCGCCCCCAUGAUCACGAGUGUCAGCGAUGGUAUGACAGUGUUCAGUCCAACUAUUUCACCCCGGUAUCGACGGAGCAGUGUCUCUGUCAACCCCAGCUGUCCUUCUCUGGCCGUCCCCCUGUCCCCUUUCUCAUUGGGUGGUGAGAGACCAGACCACAAAAGGCAGGAAGAGAAUAUGGAGAUGACACUCAGGGGGAGUCUUCAGAGACUGAGUGAUUCCAACCUGGUCCCUCCUGUCAGUCACUGGCAUGACCAUUCAUCAGUGGGAUUCCAUUUACCGGACAGUGGUAUCACACCCAAUUCGUCCCCUAGUCCAACUCGGAGGUUUAGGGGGCCAACAGUCAGCUCUACUGUGAGAUGGCCUGCCCUGACUCCACUGAAAAGGAAAGGAGGAGUGGAGUCUGAUGGUCCGCCGAAGAAGCUGUUUGUUGCCGGGGUAACAGAUCCUGCUCACCGAACUAGUUACACAGUCAGUGUGACUCAGGCAUCUGCUGGCUCUCCUACAGGUGGUGUGUCUGUGUGUGGUGCUAGUCCCCAGGGUAGUACCCUGUACCUGUCUCCUCCCCCCUCAUUCACCUCUCACCAGCCCAAUAUCUAGAAACCACAACACCAGCAGCCUAUCACAGACCAGGACUACAGUCAGUCCUAGAUUCUACUCACAGCCUAUCAGAGCGCUCCUCUCCCUCAAACCAUCAGAGCCUUGGGGAAACUCAUCAUAUUCCUUGGCUCCUGAAGUAAUCAUGUCUUGAGUUGUAAUCAAGAUAUAGAUGUUACACAAAGACUGGCACCUGUGCUUUGUUAAUCAGAAGGUUGCAUGAAAUGCCCUGCCAAAGAAAGUCAGGGGUGAAGAGACUAUACUUUUCCUUGUUGGGCUUUUGUUUAUAUCAAAGUUAGAGGUGUUAAAAGGCCUUUUGUGUUGUGUUCAGGGGUAAUGGUGAGGGCAUGUUGUAAUCCCACUGAACGUGACCCAAUAGUCCAGUAUUCUUUGAUGUCCAGAAGUAAGCGCUCAAAAAUGAGUCAUGAAGAUAAGGUGUCACAGCAGACUGUCAAGCCAGCGGUGGCUCAGUUUGUCUAUGUGAAUAGUGUAUUAAUAUGUGAAUACUGAUAUAAGCAGGGCUGCCUUUAAGGCAGGACUGGGAGUGGGUUCUCUGGCUGAGGGGGAUUGUUCUGUAGAUAUAGAAUCCCUAGGCAAAGUUCUGCCCAGAGGACCCACCCAGUCCUGGUCCUUUAUGGCCUAAACCUAAUGAGAGAUUGGCAUGGAUACUCACCUCUUGACAGGUGUGUGUAAACUUUAGUUUGAUAGAAGGGACCUCGACUGGUGAUCUCAGUCCUCUGGGUAGUGCGUGAUAUUACCCUUUCUCUACAUACAUACUACUUUAAAAAGGUUAGCCCUUGGGGUGUUAUCACAUUUUCCCAUUGAUUACAUGAAUGUUAUUAUUUGACUUCUGUAAUGUGGUAUGGUUGUACAUGCUCAGAUGCUAUGUGUAAUACUCUUCAAAUGCCCUUUCCAGAGCUGAGUUUUACACCAACAGACAGAUUCUUUUCUCUAAAUUGUCUCCUUUUUGUGGACGGAACAUUCUACUUCCAAUUAAGAUUUUGCACAGUAUUCACAUUAUUAAUCAAUAUUGCUGUUACACAAAUGGGAUCCUGUUUAAGACAUGCUGUUGCGUUGUAUAUUUGUUGCUUAAUUUGUUCAUUUCUCAUCAGAUCUCUGUCCUGUCUCAAAGAAGUGCUUAGGUCAGCAAGGGUUGAGGGUCAUCUUCUGAUCUUAACCCCAGAUUUAGAAACUUUGUUUGUUUUUCCUCAGUGACAAUCAGUGAAUUUGGAGGGAAAUAAAAACUCUAGUUGUUUUAAGUUC